AUGCCAAAGAGGUUUUCAUAUGAAGAUCUACGCAUUGCAACGGAGAAUUUCAAGGAAAAACUUGGUGGUAGAGGAUUUGGGUCUGCGUUCAAAGGAGUGCUAGGAGAUGGCACAAGGAUUGCAGUGAAGCAAUUGGAUAAAAUGGGCCAAAGAAUGAGAGAGUUCUUAGUAGAAGUUGAGACGAUAGGAAGCAUACACCUUUUUAAUCCUGUCCGGUUGAUCGAAUUUUGUGCAGAGAAGUCUUGCAGGCUUUUAGUGUAUCCAUACAUGUGUUAUGGUUCAUUGGAUAACUGGAUUUUCUGCAAUGACCAAUAUACUAACAACUGGAAACCAUGUUUGGAUUGGAAAAUGAGGAAGAAGAUUAUUCUAGACAUCGCAAAAGGGCUGGCUUAUCUACACGAAAAGUGCCGACAAAAAAUAAUUCAUCUUGAUAUAAAGCCACAAAACAUUCUCUUGGAUGAAAAUUUUAAUGCCAAGAUAUCUGAUUUUGGGUUGUCUAGGCUAAUGGACAGGUAUGAGAGCCAAGUGCAGACCAAUAUGAGGGGAACACCAGGGUAUCUUGCUCCAGAGUGGUGUCAACUAAGAAUCACAGUGAAAGUGGACAUCUAUAGCUUUGGAAUUGUUCUCCUUGAGGUGUGGUAUCAGAGUGGGCUUUUGAGGAGAGUAAAAAGUGUAAUUGAUGGGUUCCGAAAGUUUUGUACAGCCAGCCAUUCCACGCUUUGA